CGUGAGCUGGGACGGAAUUAUUCGGAGAAGUGGUGAACCAAAUCAGAUAAAUCGAAAAAUUUAUCUAAUUUAAUCUGUUCGAAGAUGUCUGCACCAAUUUUGUACAGCUACCCUCCUAGUGCACCUUGCAGAAGUGUACUACUUUUAGCUCGAUGCAUCGAACUAGAAUUGGAAAUAAAAGAAACAAACCCGUUACAGGGUGACACCAGGGAUCCAGAUUUUGUUAAGAUGAAUCCCCAACAUACCAUUCCGACUCUGGACGACAAUGGCUUUAUUGUAGCCGAAAGUCGUGCUAUUAUGGGUUAUUUAGUGAAUGCGUAUGCUAAGGACGACUCAUUAUAUCCAUCGGGGGCUAAGGAAAGAGCGGCCAUAGAUCAAGUGCUCUAUUUUGACAUGGGAACAUUGUACCAAAGAUAUGGAGAAUGUUAUUAUCCCAUAUUAUUCAAAGGCCAGACAUCAAUAGACGAACAAAAAUUGGAAAAUUUGCAAGAUGCGUUGGAAAUUUUGGAAGCAAUGCUAGAGGAUAAAGAAUGGGUUGCUGGUCCUACAAUAACUAUAGCCGACAUUGCAUUAGUAACCACAGUAUCAAAUAUUGAGUCAUGUGGGACUGACGUAUCAAUUUAUCCACAAUUAUCAGCAUGGUAUGAGCGAACUAAGGCGGCUCUGGAACCAUACGGUUAUGAAGAAAUCAAUCAAUCCGGGGCAGAUCAAUUUGGUGAAUGGUUAAAAAGCAAAUUGGAUUCGCAGUAA